UCAGAAAUGACGCCGACUCCGUGACGAGUCCAAGUUAUUAAUUUUAUAGAGACUUAGCAAGCAAUAUGAGUGAAAAACUAAAGGAAUUACGUGAGCGCUCUCAAAAGAGAAAGAAACUUUUAGCACAAACUCUUGGUGUUUCGAGUGUGAGUGAGCUGCGACAGGCUCUAGGGACCUCUAGCGAUGUGCCAGCCAAGAAGCAGGCGGUGGCGGAAGGCGCGGAGGACAAGCCGACUAGCAAAGAACAACCUGAUGAAUUGGUGUACACAGACUCUUCCACUUUUCUUAAGGGCACCCAGUCCUCGAACCCCCACAAUGACUACUGCCAGCACUUCGUGGACACCGGCCAGCGGCCACAGAACUUCAUCCGAGACGUGGGGCUGGCCGACCGCUUCGAGGAGUACCCCAAGCUACGGGAACUCAUCAAGUUGAAGGAUGACUUGAUUGCACAGACUGCAACACCGCCUAUGUACUUGAAGUGUGAUUUGAAGACAUUUGACCUAAAGCAGAUGGGCAGCAAAUUCGACGUGGUACUAGUGGAACCACCAUUAGGCGCUGGCUGGCGCUGGCCUGACGUACUUGCCUUGGAUCUGCAGCAAAUAGCCCAGCCCAGGUCCUUCGUAUUCUUGUGGUGUGGGAGCUCAGAAGGACUAGACAUGGGCCGCGAAUGCCUCAAGAAAUGGGGUUUCCGUCGCUGCGAGGACAUCUGCUGGAUCAAAACCAACAUCAACAACCCGGGGCACUCCAAGAACCUGGAACACAAUGCUGUGUUCCAACGCACCAAGGAACACUGCCUUAUGGGCAUCAAGGGAACCGUCCGGAGGUCUUCAGACGGAGAUUUUAUUCAUGCUAAUGUGGAUAUUGAUCUGAUUAUAUCGGAGGAUCCGGAGUUUGGGAGUACGGAGAAGCCGAUUGAGAUAUUUCAUAUUAUGGAGCACUUUUGUUUGGGACGGAGAAGAAUCCACCUAUUCGGUCGCGACUCGACCAUCCGCCCCGGCUGGGUGACCGUCGGCCACGAGCUCACCAACUCUAACUUCAACGCCGCACUAUACGCGGCCAACUUCGCUGAGGGCCGGGACUCCACCGGCUGCACGGAGCGUAUUGAGGCCCUGCGGCCUAAGAGCCCGCCGAAUACUAAUAAGGCCCGUCCGCGCGGUCGCGGAGGCUUUAGAGCGCGUGGCCGCGGCCGACCCGCGCUGUAGACUACAACACUCCACAAACUAGAGAUGCACCGAAUAUUCGGUUACUAUUCGGUGUCCGGCCUAUUCGGCCAUUAUUUUAAUAUUCGGCCGGAUACCGGAUAGUGACGUACUAUCCGGCCGGAUAACGGAUGUGCUAUUUUUGAUUAAAUGAUUAUGGGGUAAACAAAUUAAAUGUUAUAAUACUUAUAAUCAUAGUCCUUUGUUAUUAAAAAAAUAAACAUUUAAACAAAAAUGGACUCCGCACGAAGUUCACUACGAAAAAGUCAAAACCUGCACGACGCGCCCGCUCCCUGCUUAAAUUGUACGUAUUGUAGGUAAAAUUCUGCUGUCCGAAUAUUCGGCGGCCGGAUACCGAAUAUUCGGCCGAUGGUUGGGCCGAAUAUUCGGUUUCCGGCAUCCGGCCAAACAACUAUUCGUUGCAUCUCUACCAAAAACCCAACAAGGCCCACCUUGUGCUGACUAUGCGCCUUACAACACUAACAAGGCCCGCCCCGCGGUGUCACACCUCGAACACUGGCGAUCAAAUAUACGUGUGUGUUCCAUACGGGCGAAUAUCUUAAUGACGAUUAGUAUCGGACCUAAAAAGCCUAACUACGUGGUUUUUUUUUAAAUAGAUGAGAUAUUUUUUUUUCAUACAUAAUAAUUCAGCACGCAAUGUAUUAUAUCCACAUCAAUUAGCCUACCUACCUAAACGUCAUUACGACAUGCCGUUUAUGUAUGUCAAAUUAAUUGGAUGGUGUACAUUGCUGUUUGGCCAGAUUUCAAAAAUUAAUUACUCAAUGAAUAACACUUUUUAACAAAAUGAUUAUCCUACACGAUUCGUAUAAUCAGAUACUUUAACUGGAUACAUUAUUCGCCCGUAUGGAAUCCACACGCUGUAUGAAAGAGGCGCGUUCCCAGCACACAGUUUCAAGGCCCGCUCAGUGCCCCAGGGAGGAAAUUGUGCGAUAAUAUAGCAAAAGAAACUUAAAACUACUGAAAAAUACAGAUACGAGAUAGUUUUAACCCUUAAAUGCAUGAUUUUUUUCUUUUAACUAGAAAUUAAUAAUGUGAUAGACAAUGGUUUUCUGACUCUAGGAAAAAUAAUAAAAAAAUAUUUAACAUCGAUUUUAAUACUAAAUC